CACAAUGAUGUGUCUCAUCCUACUGUGUUUAUGUGCUAUUCUGCCGGACAUAUCCAAUACGCAAGAAGUCCAUCCAACGAUUCUCAAACAUCUGCAAAGCAUUCCAAGGUUCUGGAAAAUCAUGACAUCCCACAUUGAAGAUGUCCAUCCAGUCUCCUUCAGCGUUGUUUCCACUUAUAAAGUCACUGGAAUAUUGAAUAACAAAAAGCUCAGGUACCGGGACUGUUCAACCAUAUUGAAGAAGAGACCAAAUACAAGAAAACAGGACGGAGUGUAUGCGAUUUAUCCGGACCUUAAAACAAAGAAACUCGUGUACUGUGACAUGACAACAGAAGGAGGCGGUUGGACGGUCAUCCAGAAAAGACUUGAUGGGUCGACAGAUUUUUACAGGGACUGGCAAACCUACAAAAGUGGAUUUGGAGAUCCCAAGAAAAAUUAUUGGAUAGGAAACAACGUCCUACACUUGCUGACAAAGUCCAGAAACAAUGCCCUCCGUGUGGACCUUCAGAAAUUUAACGGUCAGAAGGCAUACGCUAAAUACUCCAAGUUCUCUGUUGGUGACGAAAGCAGCAAAUAUAAGCUAACUGUAUCAGGAUACAAGGGCACUCCAGGAGACAGUCUCAACGAGCAUAACGGAAUGAAAUUUUCAACGAAAGAUCAGGACAACGAUACACAUAGAGGAAAUUGUGCCAAGGGUUAUAAAGGAGGGUGGUGGUAUGGGACUUGUUUCGCUUCCAACCUCAAUGGACAGUAUGCUAACUCCGCCGUGGAUGGUUUUAAAUACCCUAACUGGUUUCACUGGGGAAAUAACUACGAGGCAUUGAAAAGAACAUCUAUGAUGAUCCGACCAUCAUAGUAAAUACAUUCUGUCAGUAAGUUCAAUAAAAUAUGGUAG